GCCCUUACGCCAUCUUGCCUUUUGACACAGGAAGUACGUCACCUUCCUCUUCCGCCGCGGCUCCGGCGCCUCAAACACGAGUGUUCAUCCUUUCUCUCUUUACGGGAGGUGCACUGAAUAUACUGGACUGAGUGGCGACACCUAACCGAGAAAAAUGAAACCCAUCCUGCUCCAGGGCCAUGAGAGGUCCAUCACCCAAAUCAAGUACAACAGAGAGGGAGACCUGCUCUUCUCUGUGGCUAAAGACACGGUAGCCAAUGUGUGGUACUCUGUCAAUGGCGAGAGGCUUGGCACCUACAAUGGACACACAGGAGCUGUGUGGUGUGUUGACUGUGACUGGGACACUAAAAACGUUUUGACAGGAUCGGCCGACAACAGCUGUCGACUUUGGGACUGUGAGACAGGCAAACAGCUGGCCCUGCUCCACACCAACUCUGCUGUCAGAACGUGCGGCUUCGAUUUCAGCGGCAACAUCAUCAUGUUCUCUACAGACAAACAGAUGGGUUACCAGUGUUACCUGAACUUCUUUGACCUGAGGGACCCACAGCAGAUUGAGGACAACCAGCCCUACCUGUCGGUACCCUGCAGCGACUACAAGAUUACCAGUGCUGUGUGGGGACCUCUGGGGGAAUUUGUCAUCGCCGGCCACGAGAACGGAGAGAUCAACCAGUUCAGUGCCAAGUCUGGAGAAAUCCUGAAGAAGGUCAAGGAGCACACCAAGCAGAUCAAUGACAUCCAGACAUCAGUGGAUCUCACAAUGUUCAUCACUGCCUCCAAGGACAACAGUGCCAAGCUGUUUGACUCUGCUUCUAUGGAUCACAUCAAGAGUUUCAAGACAGAGCGACCUGUCAACUCAGCUGCCAUCUCCCCCAUUAUGGAUCACGUGGUGAUGGGAGGCGGUCAGGAGGCCAUGGAGGUCACAACCACGUCCACCAGGAUUGGAAAGUUUGAAGCGAGGUUCUUCCACGCUGCCUAUGAAGAGGAGUUUGGAAGAGUCAAAGGUCAUUUUGGCCCCAUCAACUGUGUGGCUUUCCACCCAGAUGGCAAGAGUUACAGCAGUGGAGGAGAAGACGGAUACACUAGGAUUCAUUACUUUGACCCACAGUACUUUGACUUUGAACUGGAGGCGUAAACCAUCAGGCUCCCACAGCCUCAACUAACAUCACACUCUGCCCAGUCAGGAAGAAGGAAUAACGGACUAAAGUGUUUUUCCAGUCGACUGACCACCUCACCUUCUUCCCGUCAUCAGAUCUGAUCUCAUAUCAGCAUACAGGGCAAACUUAAAGAUUUCUGCUGCCAGUGAUUAAAUUUGCCCUGUAUACUUGUCAAACAUUUCUUUUAAUAAAGGAAUAGUGGUCAGAAGAGGCGACUAAAUCUCAGUGACACGUUGUUUUAAAGUCAUUUUUCUGACCACUUGGAAACUGUUGGUGGGAUCAGAAGCAGGUUUUUUUGUACCCUGGAUCAUCAAAGCGGUCUGACUGGACUCAAACACCCACACUUCCUAAAUCCUGAAGUUUAUUUAAUCUAAUUCUACAAGUCAAUUUUCUAUUGUAAACCAUUCCACCACAACUUACAAUAAAAUUACUUAAUCCAA